CCAGGCGCUCGGCAGGCAGAGAGUGGUGUGUGGAAUACAUCACGGGCUCUCAGAUCUUCCAGCACAUGGAGACAGAAGCAGACUGAAGCUAGAGAUCCAGUCUGCAGCACAUCUUCACCUUGUGUCCAGGUUGAUUCUCAUUUGAUUCUCCUCUUUCACACCUGAAUUUGCUCGGUUGCAGAGAGGCGUGUGAAAUCUUGAUUUCCCAGAGCAGGAGACGACAUUAUUCAAUUCAGAUUCACUAGACAGGCCUUUUCUUGCCAAGACCAGCAUCCACUUGUGUUGAAGAUCUUUACUGUUUCUAAUCAUGGGAUCAGGAGGCCUGAAUCUCAGCUGUUUAAUUGUGGCCAUUCUGAUGGCUCUUAAUCAUGCUGGCCUCGUAAAGAAGAUGAUCAGACACCGAAGGGAAGCGCUAACGAUUCCCGGCAUACACAACGUAACGCUCCCAAAUCCUUCCCAACCAGUCGUUUUCAACCACGUUUACAACAUUAAAGUCCCGGGCAGCUCUUUGUGCUCGGUGGACCUGGAUUCUCCUGGAGGUUCAGAUCUUGAGCAAAGGGACGCAUCUUCUGGCUCAGACAUAACGGAGCACACGAUGGAUGGACAUAAUCAGAUCGUCUUCACCCAUCGCAUCAACAUUCCCAAGCAGGCCUGUGGUUGUACGGAUGGACUGCCUGACCUGAAGGACCUCUUGAGUCGACUGGAUAUGUUGGAGGGUGAGGUGUCCACACUAAGGGAACAGUGCAAUGCUGAAUCCACCUGCUGCAGUGCACAGGUCACAGGUGUGGUAGGAACUAAGCCCUACUGCAGCGGUCAUGGAAACUACAGUGCCGACGUCUGCGGUUGUAUCUGUGAGCCAGGAUGGAAAGGCCCUAACUGUACCAUUUCCGAUUGUCCUGGUGACUGUAGUGACCAGGGCCGUUGUGUUAACGGAAAGUGCGAGUGUUUCGAUGGCUUCACGGGUGCGGACUGCAGCAUGGAGGACUGUCGCGUUGACUGCGGAGAGAAUGGACAGUGCGUUAAUGGAGCAUGCGUUUGCAACGAGGGUUUCUCUGGCGAAGACUGCUCCAAGUCAUCCUGCCCGAACAACUGCUUGCGCCGUGGCCGUUGUGUUGACGGUGAGUGCAUGUGCGAUGAGCCCUGGACAGGCCUCGACUGUUCGGAACUUAUCUGCCCGAAUGACUGCUACGACCGUGGACGUUGCGACAAUGGGACAUGUUACUGCGACAUAGGCUUCGCUGGAGAUGACUGUGGGGAGCUCACCUGUCCCAAUGACUGUUCAGGACGAGGUUUCUGCAUUGACGGACGUUGCGUAUGCAAUGCUGGCUACUCGGGCGAGGACUGUUCCAGCUUGACCUGUCCAAACAAUUGCAACGAGAGGGGGAGCUGUUACAACGGUGUGUGUAUUUGUGACACGGGUUACCACGGAGAGGACUGCAGUAAACUAUCCUGCCCGAAUAACUGCAAUGGCAGAGGGCGCUGUAUCAAUGGCCGUUGCGAAUGCAACGUUGGUUUCCAAGGGCACGACUGCUCAGAACUUAGCUGCCCUAAUAACUGCAACAACCGAGGGCACUGUUUUAACGGACAGUGUGUGUGUGAAGAGGGAUUUGCCGGCGAGGAUUGUAGCAUCAAAACUUGCCCGUCGGAUUGUUACGGUCAAGGCCAAUGUGUGGAUGGGAAGUGCGUUUGCUUUGCAGACUUCACCGGCGAAGACUGUGGUGAAUUGAGCUGUCCAAGCAACUGCCUGAACCGUGGACGCUGUGUCGCAGGGCAGUGCAUCUGCGAUGAAGGCUUCACCGGAGAGGACUGCAGUCAGAUGAAAUGCCCGAAUGACUGUCUCGGCCAUGGACGCUGUGUGGAGGGCAAUUGUGUGUGUCUGGAAGGUUUUACCGGGCAGGACUGCUCUGUUUCUGUAUGCCCUGGAAACUGUAAUAAACACGGACUCUGUGUCAGUGGAAAAUGUGUUUGCGAUGAGGGUUUCACUGGAGAUGAUUGUCAAGGAAGACGCUGUCCGAACGACUGCAGUGGUGCAGGUCAAUGUGUGGAUGGCCGUUGCACCUGUGAUGAAGGCUACAUUGGCGAGGAUUGCUCAGAAGUCUCUCCACCAAAAGACCUGAGCAUCACUGAUGUCACUACAGAGAAGGUGGACCUCAAAUGGGAGAACGAGAUGCUGGUGACGGAGUAUUUGGUUACUUACGUCCCAACAUCACCAGGCGGCCUGCAGAUGGACUUUCGAGUGCCUGGAGAUCGCACCUCGGCAACUGUCUCUGAGCUGGAGCCUGGUAUUGAGUACUUGAUCAAUGUUUAUGCCAUCCUCAACAACAGGAAAAGCAUGCCAGUCAGUGCCAGAGUGCCCACACAUCUGCCACAGCCUGAAGGCAUGAAGUUUAAAUCUGUCAGCGAAACGUCAGUGGACGUUGUGUGGGAUCAGCUGAACAUUCCAAUCGAUGGCUGGGAGCUAGUUUUCCGCAACACAAAAGAAGACAAUGGGAAGAUUGUGAACAUACUCAAACCUUCUCAGACCAACUUCGAGCAAACAGGACUUGGCCCAGGACAGGAGUAUGAAGUCUCUGUGAGCGUCAUAAAGAACAACACCAGAGGACCUCAGACAAGCUCCACUGUAGUUACAAGAAUUGAUUCUCCUGGGCAGAUUGAUGUUGAUGAUGUGACAGACAGAUCUGCAGUGGUCUCCUGGUCUAGACCAGUAGCUCAGGUGGAUGGUUUCAUGCUGUCAUAUGGGCCGAGCACAGACCCAUCAGACCGCCGUGAUGUCGCCUUGUCGGCUACAAACACACAGCACAACCUGGAAGACCUGAAACCCGAUACUGACUACAGAGUUUCUGUCAGUUCAACAAGCGGAGACAUGACCAGUGAACCGAUCUUUGAGAGCUUCACCACAGGCCUGGAUUCUCCCACUGACCUCAAAGUUGUUGACCAGACAGACAGCAGCAUCACAGUGGAAUGGAAAAACAGCCACUCAUCAGUCGAUGGCUAUCGAAUAAAGUAUGGCCCGAUCACAGGAGGUGCUCAUGGUGAAGACAUGUUCCCUAGACAAGCAGGAGACAAAACAUGGGCCACGAUAACUGGUCUGAAGCCUGGUACAGAGUAUGGCAUUGGCGUCACAGCUAUUAAGAAUGAGAGAGAGAGUCAGCCAGCCACUACAAAUACUAUGACUGAUCUGGAUGCUCCACGAGACCUGGAAGUGCGAGACUCCACUGAAACCACCCUGGAAGUGGUCUGGAAGAGGCCCAGAGCCAAGAUCUCCAACUACAGGCUGGCGUUCGUCUCUGCUGACGGCCAAGGGAGCGAAAUCGAGCUGCCUGCAGCUGCUACCACUCACACCCUGAACGGGUUGAUCCCUGGCAUGCGCUACAAUAUCACCCUCGUGUCCGAGCGCGGUCAGAGAGGAAGUACCCCUGAAACCACGACUGCGUCCACAGCAUCUUUCACUUUUUAUCUAGCCAACACAUUCCCAGAGAUUAGUUCUGUCAAAGGCACGGACGACAACGUCAUUAGCUUUGUGUCUCUCGACAACUCAGAGAGCCCAUUCUCUGGGAGUGGACACGAGGAUCCAGCUGGCACCUUGAUCAUUUCUAAUGUCACAUUCAGUGGAUUCGAUCUCAUGUGGGAGUCAAAUAAACAUAUUGGCUAUGAUAGUUACACUGUAGAACUUAAAGAUUUCUCAGGGAAAUGGAACAAGGAGGUUCAUCUCCACGGGGAGGUGACAGGCACUAAAAUCCGGGGUUUAAGGCCAUCCACAAAGUAUCAUGUAAAGCUUUAUGGAAUAUCCAGUAACCAAAGGUCUUCACUUCUAGAAGCAGCUGCAGUUACAGCACCAAAGUCUACCUCUCCUGAUGCUGUUGCUUUGACCAUCAAAAGCGUUCCAACAAUGCUGCCAACCCUCCAAAAGGAGGUCCAUCCAUCGGUUACUACCUCCAAUCUAUUAACAGAGGAUAUUAAAACCCAAACCUCAGGUGAUGAACUUGAGGGCCCACGUCAAAGGCCCCCAAGUGACCUAAAAGUCAUAAACGUGACCAGAAGUAGUUUGAAGCUAUCUUGGUCAGCUCCAGAAGGAGUCUUUGACGGCUUCCUUGUUGAGGUCAACUCAACGUCGGAUAAGUCUAAAGACAACAUUAUUGAAGUGUCUGGAGAUGCCAGGGAGGUCCACAUAGAUGGCCUCUUCCCUGACAUGCAAUAUGAGGUUACUUUGUACGGGAUGACGAAGAGCGUAAAAUCUCAACCAGUCAAUGUUUACAUCAAGACAGAGCAAAAGCAGCCCCAGAUUGGGAGUCUGAGUGUGUCUGAUAUAUCUUGGGACAGCUUUAAUGUGUCCUGGACCAUUGAGGAGGGCCCUGCCUUUGAGAGUUUUGUGAUUGAAGUGGCAAAUGCAGCUGGUGGCCAAGAAAGGCAAAACCUUUCAGUAUCCGGCGAUGCUCUUAGUCUGGGGAUGUCUGGGCUCAGCCCCAACACGCCAUAUAUAAUUGCGUUAUACGGUGUGUAUCAGGGCUCUGUCCUGGGCCCGAUCUACACUGAAGCAGCCACAGAUAGCACUCCAGUGGUUGGCAGUCUGUAUGUGUCUAAUGUAACUUCAGAGAGCUUCUCAAUUUCAUGGAAUGGCACAAAAGGAAAUAUUGAGAGGUUUAUCCUGGAGAUUAUAGACUCAAGCUGGCAGCGUGAACCAGUUGAAUAUAAUUUAUCACACAGUACACAGUGUUAUGAAAUCACUGGGCUCAGGCCAAGCACUGACUAUAUAGCCUACCUCACGGGAGUUGUGAGGGGACGCAGAACAGACUCUGUCAGUGUUGUCGCCUCCACAGCGGAAGAGCCUGACUUGUCUGGACUAGUAGUCUCUAACAUAACCUCAAACACAGUGUCUCUCUCCUGGCGGACAGGAGACAAGGCAUUUGAUAAUUUUAUAGUCGAGGUGAGAGACUCUGCUUUGCCCUCGCAGGCGAUGGGGCGCAUGUUGCCCGCAGGGGCGCGCUCCACGGUGCUGACUGGGCUAAAGGGAGACAUGCAAUACCAGAUCAAGCUGUAUGCCACUUCUGGUGGCUCCAACACAGCUGCCCUGACAACUGUAGUAACCACAGAACCUAACCCUAAAAUGGGCCCCAUUGUGGUGUCUGAAACACACCCGAGUAGCUUCACCCUGACUUGGAGCACAGUGGCAGGUCACUUUGAUGGCUUUGCCAUUCGUAUCACUGACCACCAACAGAUAUAUGAUGUUGUAGAGCUCAUGUUAUCAGGCGCAGAAAGAAACGUUACUGUGAAUGGCCUUAUGGACUCGACUCUCUAUGACAUAAUUUUUUAUGGUCUGUCUCAUGGCCGCCAAACUCCAUCAGUUUCCUUCAAUACCAGUACAGCACCAUUACCUAAAGUGGAAAACCUCACUGUUUCCGAUAUUAGCUCAUACGGUUUUCGGGUGUCCUGGACAGCACAGUCUGCAGAGGGUUUCAGCCAUUUUCAGGUAAAAGUGUUGGACUCUGGCCAACUGCUGGAGCCCCAAGAGUUCGUAGUGGCGGGAAACCAGUCCGAACUAUAUAUUUUGGGCCUUAUUACUGGCAUUGGCUAUGAGGUCAGUGUGACCGGGGUAUCAGGGAACGGGUUACAGUCUCGUCCAGUCAGCACAGUGGCUGUUACAGAGGCUGAACCAGAAAUCGAGCACCUUUUCGUGUCGGAUGUCACACCUGAGAGUUUCCGACUGGCCUGGACUGCGGAUGAUGACGUCUUUGAUCGAUUUGUGGUCAAAGUUAGGGAUUCAAGAAAGCUCUCCCACCCACAAGAGUUCAUUGUGCCGGGUGUCGAAAGAACCAUGGUUGUAACAGAGCUUUUGGGGGGAACUGAAUAUGAAAUUGAGCUUUAUGGUGUCUCGUUGGAACAUCGCUCCCAACCUGUCACAGCCUUUGCAAGAACAGGCCUUGGAACUCUCCGAGACCUUCGUUUCUCAGAUAUCACUGAUACAUCAGCCAUUGUUUACUGGGCUAUACCUCGUGCCCAACCAGAUUCCUACAGAAUCACUUACAUCCCAGUCCUAGGCGGAACUCCCAUGAUACUGACAGUGGAUGGCUCACAAUCUCAGGUUCAACUAAUAAAUCUGAUUCCUGGAGAAACAUAUCAGGUGUCAAUGAUUGCAGUAAAAGGACUGGAGGAGAGUGAACAGGUGUCUGACACUUUUACAACAGCUCUGGAUACACCACGCAGUCUGACAGCUGUCAAUGUCACUGACACAAAGGCACUGUUGCUGUGGCAACCCGCAGUUGCGACUGUGGAUGGAUAUGUGAUCACAUACAAUGCAGAGACAGUGCCACCGAUAUCUGAGCAGGUAUCUGGCAACACUGUAGAGUUUGAGAUGACAUCACUGGCUCCAGCGACUGAAUACACAGUCAAUGUUUAUGCCAUUAGAAACGGACAGAAGAGUUCCCCAGCUAACACAGGCUUCACUACAGAUGUGGAUGCUCCCCGUGAUAUGGUCACCAGUAAUAUUCAGACUGAUAGCGCUUUGAUCACCUGGAAACCGCCCCGAGCUGCCAUCACAGGCUACAUACUGACCUUUCAAUCAUCUGAUGGGGCUAUCAGGGAAGUGAGUCUUGACCCGUCGGCCACCUCACACAGUCUGUCUGAUCUGAGAGGCUCCACAGAAUACACAGUCACACUGCAGGCUGUUUCUGUGGCCAAGAAAAGCAAGAAAAUCAGCACAGUCUUCACUACUGUCGGAAUGCUCUACAGAUACCCAAAUGACUGCUCACAGACUCUGCUGAACGGAGAGACUUCCUCUGGUCCUUACACCAUUUACAUAAAUGGAGAUGAGAAACAACCAGUCCAAGUCUACUGUGACAUGAUCACUGAUGGAGGCGGUUGGAUGGUGAUCCUAAAGCGUCAGAGCGGUAUGGUGGAAUUCUACCGGAACUGGAGGAACUAUUCUGCCGGAUUUGGUGACACAAACGAUGAGUUCUGGCUAGGACUAUCAAAUAUUCACAAGAUCACAACAGCUGGUCAGUAUGAGUUACGUGUAGACCUGAGGGAUGGAAAUGAGACGGUGUUUGCUCACUACGACAAAUUCUUCAUUGGAGAUUCUCGAACCCGCUACAAGAUCCAGAUUGGUGCAUACAGUGGUACUGCAGGUGACUCAUUGACCUACCACCAGAACAGACCGUUCUCCACCUAUGAUAAUGACAAUGACAUUGCUGUCACCAACUGUGCGCUGUCUUAUAAAGGAGCGUUCUGGUAUAAAAACUGCCAUCGAGUCAACCUGAUGGGAAAAUAUGGAGAUAACAGUCACAGCAAAGGCAUCAAUUGGUUUCACUGGAAAGGUCACGAACAUUCUGUUCCAUUCGCAGAGAUGAAGAUCCGCCCAUUAAAUUUUAGAAACUUGGAAGGCAGACGGAAAUGAUCAUAGAUUCAAUUUACCCCUUCUUUCUUUUUUCUCCAAAAACCCAUAUGAUGAUCAACAGCAGCACCGUUUCGCAUCAUAGACAGAUAUGACUAGAACUCCUCUGAGAAAUGUCAUGCUUCCAUAUUACUGUUUUUCAAAAAUAAAAACUGGACACCACUUUUAAUUAACAUGCAAUGUAAUGAGGUCAUGUGACGAUAAUACAACAAAAUACUGUUUGAAAUAUUUAUUUUGGAAUAAUGCCUACAGUUUCAUGUACUAUUUUUUUAAAACAGUUGGCAGUAUACAGUUUACACCACAAAAUAUUAGGUGAGUGCACAUGCACAGGUGUGACAAUAGCAGGAUAGUUGAAAUUAAUUUUUGUUUUUAUUCAGGUCUCAAAAUAAAUAAUAUAAGUGAGAAAAUGUGCAUAACCCUUUUUACAAGGAAGACAAUAAUGGUACAAGCACUUCAAUUGUAUUGAUUGUUUUGUUUUACAGUAAAUUCAUUUUUAACUUUUUACCCCAGAUUAGAGGCCUCAAUGUUUACAAUUCCUCAAAGCAGAAAUGUUGAUUAAACUUUAUCACUACUCCUUUAAUGUGUCUUAAAUGUA